AUGAAAGUUCCCCCGCCACAAAUCAAUAUCCUCGAGGUCAAGGAGCCGACCGAUGCAAUGAUUGAUCAAGCGGUCGAGCUCACCGUAUUGCUUGAGGCUAAAGAUCAGUCGUGCAAAGUGUGGACAGGCGGGAACCCAGCUGAGCUGCUACCCAUUCUCAUGCGCUCCAUCAUCAAGGCGACCUGGUUGUGUGAAGGCGCGGGGGAAACGUACGUUGCGACGGACGAGAACGGAACACUUGUCGGGUACUCGCAAUGGAUCCCGCCAGGGCGAGACCUCUGGGAUUCAGAGGACCAACGCCAGUGCGGUUAUUAUGACUUUAUGGAGAGGAUGUCGGAGGAGGGCAACAAUUAUUUCAAACAGUCGUUAGGGAAUGAAUUCCCGAAGUAUCUUGAUGAUUCCUUCGGCAUGCCGCAGUCCCAGUACAAGACACACUUCUGCAACCUCGCCAUGGUGCGGCCCGACUACCAGAAUAAGGGAAUCAUGACCGCCAUGUUUAGGAUGGCGUACGAGAGGGCGAAGCAGACCGGGGCGACGCUGGCCUUGUCUGCAGGGGACAAGAAUAACAUUGUGGUGUAUGAACACAUAGGGAUGAAAGUGGUAGGCCACCGGACGUUCCAGUCGCCCUGGGGCGAGUGGUCAAGCUGGGCGUUCGCAUGGGAGACGAAAGAGAAUUGA